GGGCAAAAUCCGGCUGCAAACGUCACCUUCCUAUGCCAACUUCACCAGGUACGAGUUGGCCAGAGAGACGCAACCUCCCUCAGUUUCGAACCUCACCGGGAUUGGUUGGUCCCAAGUCCCCUUCUCCCUCUGCCCUCCUCAGGCGAGAGAGUCCUCGCUGCGCGUUAGUUUAUUCCAGCCUCUCCUCUCUCUCUCUCUCUCUCUCUCUCUCCACUUUUGAAGAACCGAGUUCGAUACGGCAACAGGUCAGAAAAGCAAGUUGGGGAGGCGCGGGCGGGUUGCUUUCGCUUAGUGGGUAUCGCUUCUCUCCGCGAAACAAGAAUCGAAUGGUUUCGGCGGCGUAGUGUGUUUUUUUUUUGGGCUCCCCGGCUUUUGAUCCAUAUUGGGAGAAUCAGCAUCCGGUCUGUCGUCUCGUUGCACUGUCCUGUCUUAUUCUGUCGACUCUCUGCCUUCGCUCGCGAGGGAACUGUGGAGAAAAAAACUGGAGAACGUGGGAGGAUUCCAAGUCUUGGUCACGUCACAUCCACUUGUGCUAAUGCUUUCGGUUUGCCAACAGAGGAAAGCUUGUAGUAAUCGGGUCAAAUUCCCAGUCGGAGAUGAGUUUUAAUGGAGACCCACCACUAGUUGCUCCUUGUUUUCUCUUCUCUUCUUUCUGCCUCUAGAGGUUCUCUCAUUUUCUCCGAGCGGUGGAAUGUCUGUUGAAAUUUGUUCAUUGCCUCGGUUAAGUUCUGGGAAUUAAGUCUUGUAUGCUGCAGAGGGCUAGUGGCAUUUUUGGCUGAUGGAAGGGAAAUGCUGGUCAUGUAAAAUGAGAAGGGUUUGGCUUCUGUCGUUGCCAUUUCUGUUUCUUGGAGUGUUCCCCUCUGUAUUUAGCAAGAAUGUUACUUCAAGACCUGCUGUCGUGAAUGUUGGAGGCUUUUUGGCAUUCAAUUCCACCAUCGGAAGAGUCGCCAAGAUUGCCAUUGACGAAGCUGUGAAGGAUGUCAACGCUAAUUCCACCAUCCUCCCUGGAACCAAGCUCGCCGUCGUGAUGCGAAACACCAAUUGCAGUGGGUUCCUUGGCAUGAUUGAAGUUCUGCAGUUCAUGAAGUCUGAUGUCGUUGCCAUCCUUGGUCCACAGUCUUCUGUGGUUGCUCAUAUUACGGGACUUGUUGCAAACGAAUUCCAAGUGCCUCUGCUUUCAUUUGCGGCCACAGAUCCUACCCUAUCAUCCCUCGAGUUCCCCUAUUUUGUUCGAACGACGCAGAGUGAUUUGAAUCAAAUGAGCGCUGUAGCGGAGCUUGUUGAUUACUAUGGUUGGAAGGAGGUGACUGCCAUUUAUCUCGAUGAUGAUUAUGGCAGAAAUGCUGUGUCGGCAUUAAAUGAUAAGCUCGCGGAAAGACGCUGUAAAAUCUCAUACAAGGUGGGAAUUCCACCAGGGCCAGUUAAGCGUAGUGAAAUCAUGGAUAUUCUUGUCAAGGUUGCACUCAUGGAAUCAAGGGUCAUUGUUUUGCAUGUUACUCCUGAGUCAGGUUUCAUGGUGUUCUCCGUAGCAAACUAUCUCGCUAUGAUGGGUAAUGGCUAUGUUUGGAUUGCCACGGACUGGCUUUCAUCUUUUCUAGAUUCUGCUUCUCCUUUGCCAUCUGAAACCAUGGAGUCCCUGCAGGGAGUUCUUGUUUUGCGUCAACAUACAGCAGAUUCAGAUAAAAAGAGAGCAUUUGCCUCUCGGUGGAAUAGACUGACUGGUGGCUCCCCUGGCCUGAACUCUUAUGGACUUUAUGCUUAUGACUCCAUUUGGCUUGUUGCUCAUGCUCUUGAAGCGUUCUUUGAGCAGGGCGGCGUAAUUUCUUUCUCUAAUGACUCCAGGAUAAACUCUACUGAAAGUGGUGGCCUCCACCUCGAAGAAAUGAGCAUCUUUAACGGUGGACCACUCUUGUUAAAGAACAUUCUACAUACUAAUUUUGUUGGUUUAACAGGUCCUUUUCAGUUCAAUUCUGAUAGAUGUCUUAUUUAUCCUGCCUAUGAUAUUAUCAAUGUGGUUGGAACUGGGUUACGACGUAUUGGUUAUUGGUCCAAUUAUUCUGGGUUGUCAACUCUACCUCCUGAAGAGCUUUACAAGAGGGCACCUAACCGUUCUAGUCAAAGCCAGCAGCUCUAUAGUGUUAUUUGGCCAGGGGAGACACUGUUAAAACCUCGUGGAUGGGUCUUCCCAAAUAAUGGCAAGCAAUUACGGGUUGGUGUACCCGAUCGAGUCAGUUUCCGUCAAUUUGUAUCAAAAGUUCGUGGGACAGACAAUAUGUUCAAAGGGUUUUGCAUUGAUGUAUUUGUGGCUGCCGUCAACUUGUUACCUUAUGCAGUUCCAUAUCAAUUCGUUUCUUAUGGAAAUGGUCGUGAAAACCCAAGCUACACAGAGCUUGUGAAUUUGAUCACAACGGGUUUUUUUGAUGCUGCGGUUGGUGAUAUUGCCAUUGUUACCAAUAGGACGAAGAUUGUAGAUUUUACACAGCCAUAUACUGCAUCUGGACUUGUCAUUGUGGCCCCAUUCAGGAAAUUGAACACCGGUGCUUGGGCCUUCUUGCGCCCGUUCACCCCUCUCAUGUGGAUUGUGACUGGUGCCUUUUUCCUUGUCAUCGGGAUUGUUAUAUGGAUUUUGGAGCAUAGGACAAACGAUGACUUUAGAGGUCCUCCUCGAAAGCAACUAAUGACCAUUUUGUGGUUUAGCUUCUCAACAUUAUUUUUUGCCCACAGAGAGAACACCGCGAGCACUCUUGGUCGAAUGGUGCUAAUCAUAUGGCUAUUUGUUGUUCUGAUAAUCAACUCAAGCUACACUGCAAAUUUGACUUCAAUGCUCACGGUGCAGCAGCUAUCUUCGCCUGUUAAAGGAAUCGAAAGCUUAAUAAAGGGUGAUGAGCCUAUUGGGUAUCAAGUGGGUUCUUUUGCUGAACAUUACUUGAUAGAGCUUGGGAUAUCUAAGUCUCGGCUCAUCGCCCUGGGAUCACCAGAUGAAUAUGCUAAAGCACUGAGAAAUGGUCCAGGGAAGGGAGGUGUGGUUGCUCUGGUUGAUGAACUUCCAUAUGUAGAACUGUUUCUCUCGACACAAUGCUCGUUUAGGAUUGUUGGUCCAGAAUUCACCAAAAGCGGCUGGGGUUUUGCAUUUCCUCGGGACUCUCCCCUAGCAGUCGACUUGUCAACUGCGAUUCUAACGCUCUCUGAGAACGGCGAUCUCCAGAGGAUCCAUGACAAGUGGCUUUUGCAAACUGGUUGCAGUUCGGACAGUGCCGAGAUUGAAUCAGACCGACUUCAUCUCAAAAGUUUCUGGGGUCUCUUUCUCAUUUGUGGCAUUGCUUGCUUUAUUGCUCUCUUCAUAUACUUCCUGCAGAUUUUGCACCUGUUGUACCACACUGCCCCUGCCGAAUCUGUUCCAGAUGGUUCAAGCAGCUCGCGCACUAGGCCUCUCCAGAGAUUUCUGUCGAUAAUGGACGAGAAGGAAGACCCUUCCAAAAGAAGUAAAAGGAGGAAAGUGGAAAGGGCGCUGUCCGAAAAUGAUAAGGACAGCGAUCUGGAAAGAGAUAAUAGGAGGAGACAAAUGGGGAUUCAGGAUGAGCAGCAGUCGUCGGCCCCCGUCAACUAAUCACCUCUUAAUAAUAUGUAUGAGAUCUUUCUUUCCAGGGAUAUAGAUCUCAACCGCUUAUACGGAUUUCUCUUCAUUUUUUGUCGUCACCACUUUCAUGCUAUCUGUCCUAUGUUUCUGUACGGAGUAGAAAAUUUGAAUGAUACUGUAAAGCCAAAUAGCCAAUAGCAGGAGAUAGAUUCUUGCCUGAAAGGAUUGCCACACGAAACUGUAUAAUGUCAACGAUAGUGCACGACGAAGUUUUGCAGCA